GAACGGGUUGAGUGAGGAUAGACUGAACAGAGAAUCUGGGCUUCUGUGAGGUUUGGCACCAGGUGAAUAAACAAGGCAUUUGAAGAUCCUGAAAGCUGAUAUGAUGUCAUCAAGUGCACCUCCAUGUUGAGAAGCAAAAAAACAUGUCAUGCAAUGGAAACAAUGUGAGAUGAGUUUUUGAGUCCAAUCUCGAGCUGAACUGAAAACUUUGAAGGCCUAGUUGAGACAAGGGAUGACCAAGAUCUUUGAUGGAUCCAGGAUUACCGUGGAGCUUUUACUAACAUGAAUGUCCAUGGAAAGAUACGAACUGGUGAGGGCAACCAACAAGGAGAAAUACAGAACAACGACAAGCAGCCAUUGCUAGAAGCUGAGGGAGAUGCCAAUGCCAAUCAAAUCUCCCAAGAGGAAAUUCAUCCAGAUGGCCAAGAGCAUAGCAGCCUACUACCCCCACUUGUGUCUCACUCUGAAGCCCAGGAGAGGAUAAUUAUCUGGGGAACACAUGCUCGGAGUGAGGACCCUGAGCUGGAAGAGUUUGAACUGCUGGAGUGUCAAGAACUACAAACGUUUAUUGUGGAUAAAGAACAGGGAGAUGAGUGGAGUGAGAGGAACAGGAAGGUAGCAAAGAACAUCUCUGAAAAGAAGCCGAGAUCUACAACCAUAAGCUCUACCGCAGGAUUCACUUGGAAAGACCACAAUGAGAACCACAGUGUGGACAAAGAUGCAAAUGAGAACUCUCAGCCCCUUGACCUCAGGACCUCUAUCUCUCGCUCUGGAGGAAAUAGGACCUUGAGAGAGGCCAGGAGUGGUUCUGAAAGCAAUGUCUUCUUUUCGUCUUCUCUUUCUGCAGUGACCAGCCUCAGUGGAAGUUUAGCCAGUGCCCUGGACAGUGCAGGCCGCAGACAGCCUCUCUCUUCCCAGUCCACCAAGUCUACCUCAGGCAAAGAAAGGAACCAGCAACCAGCCACUACUGAGUCCUUCAUCCACUCAGAGAGAAACAAGGGGCUUCCUUGCAAGGAUUUGGACCAAAACCACAACUCUACCACACUGCCUCAGGAACCACAAUAUGACAGAAGUAAGUUAAUCACUCAAAGUGUGGAGGAUACUUCAAAUAGAGGAGUUAAAGAGCAAGAACUCACCAUGGAAGCAGAACAGAACCAGGAGAAAAGGAUGUCAACCGAUUUGAAAAAAGGCAUUUUGAGGGUGCUACCUUCUUGUAGGCAGCUAGUGCGCCCUCUUUCUACUGAAACAGCAAAAAGGCUAACCUCAGGAUAUCCAAGCACAGACACCCAGACAGAACAACGACCAUCCCAAUCCUUACAUCAACAAGUUCUUCAGACUGCAGAAGUCAACAGUAAUCACAAGUUUCCCAACCAGACCUUCUCUCAAGACGCCCAAUGCUUGACGAGGCAAAGCUCAGCAGAUCGUGCUGCAAGUCCUUGCAGCCUAGAGAGGAAGACUCACUUCAGUCGGCGGACCUACAGCAGUCCAACCAGACCAUUGACACCUCCAUCCCCCAAGACCACAAGGUCACCACAAAGACAGCCUCAGUCAUCGCCAAUCAAGACUUUACCUACUCGAGUACCUCACUUGGGUUAUGGUGUAUCACAAGGGUACAGCUUGGGCUUAAGAGCCCCAGUCAAAACUACUAUCAACACAAGUAUCAAUAAACCUCCUCCUGAGCAGGCUCCAACAGAAAGGUCCUCUCCACCCAAGUGCCCAUCAAAGCCCAAAAGCGUCCGCCCCAAAAUCAUAACGUACAUUCGGAAAACCCCGCAGGUGAAGUCCCUUGAUGGAUCUUAUGAAGUGUUGUCCUUACCUUCGAGACUCUCAGAUUACAGCAACACUCAAGCCAAACCAGCAACAGGAGAUCAAGGGGAAGCCCCUGUGCUGAGUGCCUCAAAUUUGCUUUACGAUAAAUAUCGUCAAGAGAUGCAGAAAGUCCGGUUCUUCUCCCCUGGACUUAUGGUGUCUGGGAUUAAGCCACCCAGCAGCACCAUGCCUCACAAAAUAACAGGCAGGGUGGACAGCUUCUAUGAGUCUCUCAACAAGCCCCCUUCUGCAGUGACGGGCAGAUCUCCAGUCGCCUUUGGGUCUCCAGGGUCUGGAACUGAUGACCCUUCAGGACCCCCUAUGGGAGCACAGGACACAGGGAUUUUUUUUCACUCACCAAGGGGCCUUAGACCCCAGCUUGGCAUUGGUGCUGUCAACAGGUCUCCUUCUGCAGCUGCCAAGAAUAGGAUGGUCCUAACAGGUCACCCAAAGUCACCAUUGGCCCUCAGCCAACCAAUGCAGGCUGUAAAGUCAAUCACUCAAACACCUCAGGAACUUCAAGAUCAAAAAAAGCCAGUGGCUGCUGGGUUAGCUGCUAAAUCGCUCUUGCCGAAACCAGCUCAGUCUGGUCUACGCCCUCCUGGUUACUCGCGACUCCCACCAGCUCGUCUAGCUGCCUUUGGGUUUGUCAGAAGCUCCAGUGUCUCCUCCGUGUCCAGUAACCACUCCACCGACAGCACACGGAGUGACCCCUGCCGACCUGCCAACCGUCCCAACAGUGUAAAUGACGAGCCGCCAUUCCACCAAGUCAUCACAUCUCCCCCUGGGGAUGGACCCAGAGCACCCUGCCGCAGCAACCCUCAACCCCCCAACACUCCUGCACCCAAACGUCGCUCCCUGCUGCCGCCUUCGCGAAGCUCCCCAGCAGCUGCCUGUAAGGAAUUCCAGAAGAGUUCUGACGGCACUCGUUCAUCUCUCUCCUCCCCUAAGAGACUGGCUGUGGUCUCUCCUAAACCACAGUCUCCAGUCCUCCAGAGGCCGCAGAGAGUAACAUCGGCAGUACGAGCCUCAAGCAUGCAGAUUUUACCUCGUACUGGCUCUCCUGGCCCAGAGAAGAGAAAAGAAGAGGAGCAGAAGAAAGAGAAAGUACGAGAGGAGUUUGAGAGACAUGGGGAACUGCAGCUCUUGCAGGGCCGCUGUGAAGAGCAGAGCAAGCAACUACAGGCUCUUCAGACAGAACUAAAGAAGACCAGCGUGGGUCUGGAUGUCUUUGUGAUCUGCACUCAACACUUCUGCCUCAAGAGUGAAAGUGCUGAAGAGAAGGAGAGAGAGUUGUCCCAGGAGCUCAGCAGGAUUCAGCAUGAAGUGGCCUUUAAUGCAGCUCGCUGGGAGCAUCUGCAGAAGGAGAAGAGGGAGCUGGAGGAGUGCUUUGAGAGAGAGCUCAGAGAGUUGCAGAUCCAGCAGGAAUCUGAGCUCGCUACCUUUGAGGAGAACCUGAGAUUACGUCACGCUUCAGACAGAGACCAUCUUAGAGCAGAGCACCAAUCAGAGGUGGAGGAGCUUCGAACCCAGCACCAGGAACAGAUAGAGGAGUUGACUGCCAACCAGGAGGCUGCCUUGGAAGACCUGAAGACCAUGCACAACAUCACCAUGGCAACACUGCAGGAGGAGCAUGCCAGGACAAUGAGAGACUUAAGAAAAGCUCACGAGCAGCAGAAAGCCAGUUUCGAAGAGGACUUUGAGAGACUACGCCUCUCCCUUCAGGACCAGGUGGACACUCUGACGUUCCAGAACCGAACUCUGAAAGACAAAGCUAAGCGUUUUGAAGAGGCCUUGAGGAAGAGCACAGAUGAACAGAUCGUGGAUGCCCUAGCUCCAUAUCAGCAUAUCGAGGAGGACCUGAAGAGUCUGAAAGAGGUUCUGGAGAUGAAGAACCAGCAAAUUCAUGACCAGGAAAAGAAGAUCUGCCAGCUGGAGAAAGUGCAGGCCCAAAAAAACCUGUACCUGGAGGAGCGGGUCCAGGUGCUUCAACAGCAGAAUGAAGACCUGAUGGCCCGCAUUGACCAACACCUCACAGUGUCCAGGCAACUAUCUGAAGAGAAUGCUAACCUUCAGCAGUAUGUGGAGAAGGAGACCAACGAGAAGAAACGUUUAAGCCGCAACAAUGAUGAAUUGAUGUGGCUUCUCCAGACGAGUCCUCACCUGUCACCCUCCUCCUCCCCUAUUCACAGAGCCUUCUUCCCAGGCCCUGAAAUACCCCCAUACCCUUACUCUCCAGGCCCUGGUACCCCCACACACUUGUGUUCCCCUGGCCCCUGUACACCCACUCACAGGGUGGUGUCUCCAGGACCAGGGACACCCAAUCUCAGAGGGUCACCAGCAGCUCGAUCGUCCCCAGCUCGAAUCCCAAACGCUAACACUUUACCCAGAUGAGUCUCUGUUGCUUCAUCCAUCUUUCCAUUUGUUUUCUGUCACUUUUAAUCUUUCCUUUACAGUAGUACAGUGCUUAAUUUUGCUGUCAAUUAUUUUCUUUGAAAAGAAGAGAGACCAUUGCAGUUUUCAUGUUCAACAGAGAACCUGUCAGAUUUAAUCUGUUCAGACUUUGAUGACGCUAACUGCAAGAUGGAGAUACUUCAGUCUUGCUGAUCUCUGUCACUUCCGUUUUGACUUCAUAACGCAAAAAAAUAUAUAUGUAAUUUUUCUCUUGGGAUCGGACUUUAACUUAAACUUGUAGCAGUGCUUCAGAACGAAAGAGCUUGAUGCUCAACUUGAGAUAUUCUGCCGAACAUUCUUGGCCAAGAUGGAGGCAGGACCAUUUUUGUGUAUAUGCCAGUAGCUCGCCAUUGGAUUUGACUGUAUAGGACACGCUGUUGGACUCCAACACAAAUGUCUGUAGAUUCCUCUGAAUGGUAUUUGAGAACUUUCUACAACAAAAAGCACUUUAGGUUUCUGUCCUUCCUUCUUCCUACAGAUAAAUGCACCAGCAUUUUUUCCAGCCUGGUUUAGUUUUCUAUGAAAUAAGUCUUCUGAUUUCACACAUUUCCCAGUGUUCCUGCUGUUGUAAUCCAUAAUGUUUCAAAUUAGACGGUUCAAGAGAUGUACAAGUCUCCUCAAAAGCUGCAGUGACUACCACCACCAUUCCAUGGAGAAUUUCUAUGGACCCACCAAAAAACUAGCCCAGCUGAUAUCUAAACCAACUAUUCCAAGCAAGUACUUCUCAAUAUACAGAAUAGUUUGAUUGUUUGAAGUGCUGACAUGGUUUUGAGAAGGCCCUGAUGAUUCUUCACAAGGGCUGACUUUCCACUGCACAAAAUUUUAUAUAUAUUUCUUGAUUAACUAGAUGAAACAUCUUCAGAAUCCAGUCUAUUUUUUCACUUAAGCCACUAAGGUUUAACGUCUAAAGGGGGUUGCACACCGGACUCAGCAGCCGUAUGACAAACAGUGUCCUAAAUUUCAAAACCAUUGGUUUUUAUAAUAAUAAUAAUACAUUUAUUUGUAUAACACCUUUCAUACAUCAAGUGCUUCACAUAUCAAAUAAAAAAUCAAAGACAGUAACUGCAUAAAAUAUAAAUAUAUAUAUAAUCAACCAAAUGCUUAUAAAAAAAAUUUUAUUUAUAUAUUUUUUUAUAAGCAUUUGGUUGAUAUGUAGAUAUGCAUUUAUGUGUGAAUUUUUCUUUAUUUUUGUUUGUUUUACUUUUUAUUAUUGUUUUAAUAUUCAAUUUAAAAAAUACAUUUUAAUGUAAUUUUUUAUUUCAAUUUUGUAUACUUUAUAUAUAUAUAUAUAUUAUUAUUAUUAUUUAUUUUAUUUUUUUAAUUUUAUUAUUAUAAUUUUUUAUGUUAAAUAUGUGGAUGCUUGGAGCCUGUCUAAUUUCAAUUAGUAGAAUGUUCCAGAUCUUUGGGGCAUAAUGGCUAAAAGCUGCUUCACCUGAUCUCUUACUAUAUGUGUUACAUAGAAAUAUUUUAAAAGGUCAGGAAUUAUCAAUGUGAGCCCUUACAAAAAUCGAGAGCUCAUGACAAAUUUGCCGCAAACUAGCUGCAAAUUCACCAGUGAUUAUUUUCACAUGCAAAUUAACUUUGCGGCAUAUUGGCCAUUGUUGACAAAGGUUUGCUGCAGGUUCACCACUACCGGCGAAGAGCUGCAAACUUCUAGCAACGAUUUGCGACGAAUCAGAAGCUCAUUUGCAUGUAUAAAUAAGGAGUGGCAAAUUUGCGGCAAGUUUGCGGUAAAUUUGCCAUGAACUCUCAGUUUUUGUAAGGGAGCGCACCACCGCCACUGUUCGGCGUCCACUGACAGCGCACUGAAAUGACAUCAGUGACUGCUCAGAAUUGUUCCACACCACCAGUCAUAUAGUUUCCAUUAAAUUCGACACAAUUUUAAAUAGACAAACAUAUGGAAACACCUGCUUGGAUAACUUUCCCAGUCAGGCUAGCUAGAUAGCAUUAGCUAACAAAUAGAUUAGCAGUUACUUCAACUGCUACAUUGCUACUUUGAAAACAGAGGCUUGUAAAUUUUUUCCAGAUUGACCAACGUGAUAAAUUAUUUAGUUAAUGUUCAAUAUUAAUUUAUUAUUCCAUCAAAAUUAUUUAUUUUUAUUGGAGAGAGAGUAAAGUUAAAACUCAGGCUAGCUAGCUAACGUUAGCUAACUAAAGAACUUUCCGGUGUGUGACCCCGUUUAAACUGAUCUGACAAAGGCAUUGAGUGCUCUCACACAGUUCAUGACUAAUGACAUGAAACAGGGACAUCAAGGAAAAUGUAAAUGUACCGACUACAGGAAAUGUUGUAAAUUGUUGUUGUUAUCUUUAUUAGUAAUUUGUAAUUUAUCAUAAUCAAUGUUUUGCUACUUGAUGUGCAUGUGAUUUUGAGUCUUCCAUUCUUAAUGUGAAAACUAGGAUUGUGUCAUGUUAGUGUAGAAAUUUGGACUCUUGGGAAUGAUAGCUUCCACCUCUAAUAUUUUGAAAUAUCAUUUAGACAUUUUCUUAAUGAAACACACCUCAAGUUACACCUGUGAAAAAUCAUGGGCAGGUAUGUUACAGGUGCGUAAUGGUUUUAAGGAGGUACAAUUUAGCCGUUUAAUGUAUUUUUGGAGUUAAGCUAUCUUUAAUGUAAUGCUGGUUAACUCUUUAAUACCUCUGUUGAGCGUAGAAUAACCUAGAGAGAAUUUUCUCUGAAUGGAAGAAUUAGAAAGGAAUGUAACUGUAUCUUUAAAUUAUAUGAUAAAGUUCAGGGAUAUAAUUUUGCUCUGUCUCAAAGACAGUUCUCAUUUUCUCAGUAAUUAAAUAUCAAGAUUAUUUUCUUCUCAAUAACAUGGCAAAUAUAACAUUCCUCAUGCAAAGUGGGUUUUGAUAUUUCAAAUCAAAGGCAAUUUUUAGAAUUUCUGGCAAAUUUGAUUUUUUGUUUGUUUUUACAAUUGAUAAAUCUUUCAAUGGUCAACAUUUUCAACCUACUACACUUUUGAUACAAAUAUCUUAAAGGAGAAAUUUUGUAAACUCUUUACUGAUAAUAUUUUUAUAGUAUUAUCAGUUGGUGCUUGUACAGGGUAUUGUACACACAAGUACAAUAGUCUGCUAUUCAAGACCAGCUAUAAACAAAAAGUGCUGUUUGCAGUCAACACACAGCAAUUAUGUUUUUCUUCACUUGGGACACUACUGUUUACCUUUUAGAAAAUAUACACUGUAUAUUUUAGUUUAUGCUUUCAAAAUCCUGAUGCUAUUGCAUAUUCAAAUUAUGUAGCUUUACAUUCAAAAUUAAACUUUCUUUUCAUUUGCUCUGUCACUGUGAAACAAAUGCGUUAUCUGUGUUAAAUUUCCAUUUUUGCUACUCUCACACUCAUGCUAAGGAGUUUCUCAAUGUUUCCUGCCAAGCACAUAACACUGAAUUUAUUUUAAUAUAUUAAUAUAUUUUUAAAUCUUUUUAAGCAUUUUUAUUCAAAUGUAAAAUGACAGCAAAUUAACUUUCACUAGUCACAAGUUUGAAAUAAAAAGUUACAUUUAAAAAUUACAAGUACGCAAGUGUUUCAGGGAUGUGCCUUUGUUUAACGUGCAAAGUAGCAAAAAUGGAAAGGUUAUCACAUUACAGCAAUCUUAAAAAAAAUAUGUGUCUAAUAUCUGGAUUAGUUGUGUAAACAAUAAUACAACUGUUUUUCACAGUAGGUAAAACAGGAUAAUAAACAGGAAAAAUUAUAAACCGUUAUAACAUUUUAGUUGCCUUUACCUUUCAGUUUUUUUUUUUGUUUGUUUUUUCAGAAAUUCAGGUUUGUUUGUUUUUAUGAUAUCCAACAUUCUUUUGUCCUUUGUGUAUUUUUUAUCUUUAUUUACUGUGUUUCUCAACUAAAACCUCAGCAACCUCAAUUUAACAAUCAUUCUGCAUCUACUAUGGUUUUAGUUUAGUACAAAAUUGUUACAAAUCUACAGUAAGGAGUUGUCCUGUUUUUUAUGUGUAUACUCUUUCAAAACAUCCAAUAUCCUGAAAGAGCUCUCGUGUUAGUUAGCAGUAAAUUUUCUGGCCCUGAAGACAGCCAUGACUAUAGGAUUAGACCAUAAGUGUUGAUGAAUGAUUAACAACAAAAUCAGGUUCUGAAACUGCACUGACUCUUUGUCCUGUGGACAUCUAAACUACUGAAUGUUGAUAUCCCUGAAAAUACUGACACAGUCAUUGUAAACUGAUAGGGGGUGAUUGAAGUCACUUAUUGUACUGAAUGGAAUUUGUCCAUCUGUCUAUAACAGUUGACCUCUAUUUUGUCUUUUUCGACUGGGUUUAUGGUCACUUGUAAGCUAGUAUUUAUUGUGUUGUAGUGCACAGUAAUCAAUGCAUGUUUGUCUUGGCAGAUCAUCUCUUCCCUGCUGUAUAUGUUUCAACUUGUGAUGGUCCAUGCUGUAACUGUAGCAUAGAGAAUAUAAUACUAAGGAAUGGAAAGAAUUUAUAUAUUACACAUUUGUAUUCACUUUUGGGAGUUGGGGAUGAAUAUUAAAAUGUUUCAAAAGGAAA